GUCCAAAAAUGUAAUCUCAAAAUCAACUAAUGAAAUUGUUCAAAGACCUCAAGCAGGUCGAGUAUGCAGUUACAUUGCCACGCUCUGCCGAUUGGAAUUGCUGAAGGCCAGGGAGCAGGGGAUUGCGAUUUGCAAAGGGGGCUGAAGUUGGAGCAUUCUCCUGAAUUCCUGAAGCUGAAGCUAUUUCGUUGGUCAGGUCGAUGGUUCGGUAGCUUGUUGGUUUAAUUUUUUUAUUUCUUCUGAUCUUAACGUUUCACUCAAGGACAUAUUGAGCUCAUCAAAGGAAAUCUAAACCAGCCUCGAGACAGUCGCCUUUUUUUCUCCGAUGGCAAACUCAUUGCGUUUAUAUCUUACGUGCAUAAGGAACACUCUUGAGGCUGCCAUGUGUCUCCAGAACUUCCCAUGUCAAGAAGUUGAAAGACAUAACAAACCAGAGGUUGAACUGAAGACCAGCCAAGAACUUCUACUCAAUCCUGUUUUGAUCUGCCGAAAUGAGGCUGAAAAAUGCUUGAUAGAAACGUCUAUUAAUUCACUGAGGAUAAGCCUCAAGGUAAAGCAGUCGGAUGAACUUGAAAACAUAUUAGCGAAAAAGUUCCUCAGGUUUUUGUCAAUGAGAGCAGAGGCAUUUCAGGUACUUCGGAGAAAGCCAGUACAGGGCUACGACAUUAGUUUCCUCAUAACUAAUUACCAUUGUGAGGAAAUGCAGAAGCAGAAACUAAUCGAUUUUAUAGUACAGUUCAUGGAGGACAUCGACAAGGAGAUUAGUGAACUCAAAUUGUCAGUUAACACCCGAGGAAGGCUUGUGGCUACUGAGUUUCUGAAGCAAUUUGUCUGAUAUUUCAUUAAUGCAUAACGCAUAGCAGUCUCAUCGUUUUUCUCCUUUUUAACGCUUCCUAUCUGCAUAUCUAAAGACACAUUCUCUCCUCACCCUGAAUUCAUAAGUGAGGUUACCAGAUUACAGGUUCCCAUCUUUUUUUUUUAAAUUCUAUGUAUAUAUAGUUUGCCCUCGAAAGUUUUUGCAUAAGCCUCAGUUUGGAUUUAUGCUAUGUAUGAGUAUAAGACUAUAAGUGAAAUUACCAGAUCCUCAUUUUACCAGCUUAUAAAUCGUCAACUUAAUGUAUGCUGAGUUUGUUAACACUUAACAAUGCCGAGUCUUUUU